AUGGCUAUACUCCCCUCGAAAGAACGAAUUUGGAAGCUGCAAAUUACCAAUAGCGCUCUGGGAGACUUUCCCUGGGAUAUCCUUCCUCAGUUCAGCAAUCUCACCCAUCUAUUCCUCUAUGGCAACCCUUUGACCACUCUGCCUCGGCUCGACAGCGCUAGUCUGAAGCAACUCAUCCUUUUCCAGGAUGAAAUAGCGACCAUUGAGAGUGUUUCAUCACUCCCAAAUCUGGAAGUCCUCCAUAUGGCUUCCAAUCCUCUCUCGGAGAUCCCGAUUGGAUUCUUCAGCGUUUUGGGGAACCUGGACAUGUUCUUCUGUCAGAGCUGCUCCCUCGGACCGACCCUGGCGACUGGCAUUUUAACAUUCGGUUUCGGGCCUGAAACGACGAUACACCUACAAAACAAUGAAUUGACCGAAUUGACGGAAGAGGUUUUUCGCCCGAUGGUGCAGAUCCUCUCGCAGGGAAGUGGGACGAUCCAAUUGUCCGAUAAUCCCGUGGACUGUGGAUGCAGUAUUGCCUGGUGGGUGCUGAACCCGCAAUUCCACUGGACCGUGCAAGGUCAAUGUGCCGACGGGAACUUUUUUCAAAGCCUGAAUACGGAUGACUAUCAAGACUGCAUACGAGAUGGGCAAAUACAUUCGGCUUGAUGUCAUAUGAAGACCGUUUACUUCAAGAAAUGAAAAACAAUUCAAUCUGA